AUGUAUCCAACACACCACGGCGGUGUAUCACGCUUGCUGGAAGAAGAGGGACUUUAUUUCACCUUCCAUGACGUUGACGACUCUGCAGGCUGUAACAGAGAGUACGACACAAACAUCAAGGGUUGGUUCAUGUGUCGCAACAGAACCUGUGCCUCUCGUAGAUGGUCAAGCAAGAGAGUUGCCAUCACUAUACGAAUGUACCCCGGAGCGAAGUACAAUGCAAGGGUAUAUCACCAACGCUGCGAGGGCUGCAACGAUCUUAGCCGACCACGCCUAGAUGGGUCAUAUGCGGAAAGAGUCGCAUACCGUAUCAAAAAAUGGUGCGGGAUACAGAUGGAUAUGUCUCACUAUUCAUCUAAAAGCAAAGGUUCUCACAUUAGUGACCUAUGUGAAGGAUGCAGAGAUGGCCAUUGCAGUGCACUUCAGCUAGAAGGCGAUUAG